CAAGUGGCAGACCCCUUCCCCAGCCUCAGUUUGCAGCUGCCUCAGGCAGGGAGCAUCUCUGUCCCCAGACUGAGGUUCAAGAGCCACAGCCAUGCCGCAUCUCGGGGCCCUGUUUCUGCUGCUGACCGCCUGCCUGGUGGUGUGUGCCAACCCUGUGCCAACACUACUGGGAAACAUCCAAGUGCAGGAGAACUUUAACAUCUCUAGGUUCUACGGGAAAUGGUUCGGCGUGAUGGUGGCCACCACCUGCCCAUGGCUGACGAGGUUCAACAACAGGCUGACCACAAGCUUGCUGACGCUGAGAGAGGGAGCGACGGAGACGCAGAUCAACACGACCAGCACUCGUUGGAUAAAUGGCGCCUGUGAGGAGAUCUCUGAGACUUAUGAGAAAGCAGACAUUAAUGGAAAGUUCUUCCAUCAGAAACCAAAAUGGAACCUCACCCUAGAGUCCUAUGUGGUCUACACCAACUACGACGAGUAUGCUAUUAUUCUGACUAAGAAAUUCAGCCCCCGCUAUGGACACAGCGUUACCGCCAAGCUCUAUGGGCGGAGGCCUCAGCUCCGGGAAAGCCUGCUGGAGGAAUUCAGGGAGUUCGCCCUGGGUAUAGGCAUCCCCAAGAAGUCUACCUUCACAGUGGAGAACAGAGGAGAGUGUGUCCCUGGGGAUCAGGAACCAGAGCCCACUCUACCCGCAGCAAGAGCCCGGCGGGCUGUGCUGCCCCAGGAAGAGGAAGGAUCGGGGGCUGGGCAACUAGUAACUGAUUUAAAGAAGAAAGAAGAUUCCUGCCAGCUAGGCUAUGCAGAAGGUCCUUGCUUGGGGAUGAACAAGAGGUAUUUCUAUAAUGGCUCGUCCAUGGCCUGCGAGACUUUCCAAUAUGGCGGCUGCCUGGGCAAUGGCAACAACUUCAUCUCAGAGAAGGAGUGUCUACAGACCUGCCGAACUGUGGCGGCCUGCAAUCUCCCCAUAGUCCGUGGCCCCUGUCAAGGCUCCGUCCAGCUCUGGGCAUUUGACGCUGUACAGGGGAAGUGCAUCCUUUUCACCUAUGGAGGCUGCCAAGGCAACGGCAACAAGUUCUACUCGGAGAAGGAGUGCAAGGAGUACUGUGGUGUCCCUGGUGACGGGGAUGAGGAACUGCUGCGCUUCUCCAACUGACCAGUCCAAGGCCAGAGGUCCACAGGCCAGAGGGCGGCAGGGAGGCUGCAGGCUCCACAUGGGACAGGCCGGGCCAAGAGACCUGGGUUCAAAUAAAAACCAAACUGUGGGCUCCUGAAAGCCCAUGUCUUGAC